GAGGUUCUCGCCCACCAAAGAUCGCAGCUGAUAUGGAGUCGACCGCAGCCUCGACGCCGGACGACGAGCAGACGUCCAGCAACGCCUCCGAGCAGGCGAGUCCAAGCGCAUCACGCCAAGGCAAGCGCGCUUUGGCGGCGAGCGACGACGAGGAGCCGACAGCCAAGCGCCCGAACACACAGGUCGUCGAAGAAGCCGACGUCGACACGCCCGUGCAAGCCGCGACGCCGGCCGCCAGUGCUGCCCUUAGCACGGCCACGGAUGCGCCUCCGCCGAGCACGUCAGUGGGCGACGCGGUAUCCUUGAUUCUCAGCGAGACGCAGCGCAUCUCCGAUACAGUCCGCGGCGUCACGGGCGAGGUACAGGAGCUGCAAAGCAUGCUCGCGACAGUACGCCAUGCGAUCGCCGGCAUUCGCUCUGCGGGCGACGUCUUGGAUGAUCGACUAUCUGCAGCGAACGGAGCGCUGGACGACGUCAUGACCAGCGUGAUCUUGCGCGCUGUGGAGGCCACGCAGUCCCGCGUCUUGACGAUGGACCAGUCCACGUUCGACCGCAUUUGCGACGAGAUGGGCACAGUCAUGGCGCACGCGAGAUCCGCAGCGCAGCUGCAUGAGACGCUGGACACAGCGAUCAACGGCCUCGAGGCCGUGCUCUGCGCCAUCGAAAUGCGUCUCGAUGGCCUCUGCCGCGCCCUCGACACCAACACGGGCCAGCUCCACGCGCUCUCGGACCGAGCGAUUGCGAUGGCAGCGCAGUUCCAGUGAUGUUAUGCAGCAUCGUCGACCAAAGAUUAUACUCGUUUCCUACUUGGGUC